AUGCAUAUCCGCACUGCCAUCACUGCGGGCGCAGCCCUUGUCCAGACUGCAGUUGCAGCUUCUGUCCAGGCAAAGAACGUUAUUUAUAUCGUUCCCGAUGGCUAUGGGCCUGCGUCGCAGAACAUGGCCCGCGACCUUAUGUCUCUGGUUGAUAGUGGCACGACUGGCAGCAACCCGAAGAUUGAUGAGCUUCCAGUGGACGACCUGGCUAUCGGACGUGUCAGAACCCACUCCGCCAACAACAUGAUCACCGACUCGGCUGCUUCUGGAACCGCGUAUGCUGCCGGACACAAGUCCUACAACGGUGCCAUCUCUGUCACACCCGAUGGCCAGCCUGUAGGUUCCAUCCUCGAGGCCGCUAAGCUUGGAGGCAUGAAAACUGGUCUCGUGUCCACGACAUACAUCAGCGAUGCCACCCCCGGAGUCUAUGCCGCUCACGCCGCCAACCGUGGAUCUAUGCCCCUGAUCGCAGAGCAACAGCUCGGCUAUAGUCAUCCACUCGGCCUCAUGGUCGAUCUGCUUCUCGGUGGCGGACGUUGCAACUUCUCGCCAAACAGCACAGAGGGAUCCUGCCGUACGGACGAUUUCGACCUACUGACCUACGCAGAGGAGCAGGGCUUCACCGUCGCCACGAGCCGCGAAGAGUUCAAUGCUCUUGGGAAGGGUCAGGGUCAGGCAGAUCUACCAUUUCUGGGUCUUUUCAGCGAUGGCAACAUGCGCUACGAAAUGGAUCGUCGCGUCAUCCAGGACGAACCUUCCUUGCUUGAGAUGGCCGAGACAGCCGUGAAUGCUCUCCACCGCGCCACUCGUCGCCGGAACAAGGGCUUCUUCCUCAUGAUCGAGGCCGCCCGAAUCGAUCACGCCGGGCACGACAACGACCCAGCCAACCACGCCUUCGAGACUGUCAUGUACAACAACGUAGUAGCCUGGGUGCGAGACUGGAUCGACCAACACCCAGACACGAUCAUGUUGUCUGCCGCCGACCACGAAACCGGCGGCCUGACCCUGAACGGCUACGAUCCGCUCCCUCUACGCAAUGCCACCCACUCGCGUGCCUACCUCCAGUCCGUCUGGGACAACGACCGCCCGGCCGACGUCGACGAGCGGGACUUCCUUGUCUCCGAGAUUCUCCCCGCUUACGGACUCGAGAACGUCGAAGACGCGGACAUCCAAACCAUCCUCGACGCAGACAGUAUCGGGGCCGGCAUCGCCGCCCUUAUGUCCUCUCGCGCCGGCGUUGACUGGUCGACGGGAGGCCACACCUCUGUCGACGUCACUCUGCAUGGUUAUGCCGCUGGUCGGAAGCGCCAGGCCCUGAAGGCGGACCUCGCCGGAGGUUGGGAUAACACUGAGCUCCCUCGCUACAUUGAAGAGGUUCUCGGUCUCGAUAUGGACGCCGUUACCGAGCGGCUGCGCAAGGCCGCUGAGGAAGACUCGUCGUGGCUGGGCCCGCGCGAGCUAGCUCGUCGUGACCUCGGGGGUUGCGAUCACUACCACUAG